CCAUGAACUCCACUUCCAUAAAUGGUACAGUCAAUUCGACGACUGUUCCAACAGAAGCAUCAACAGCUGAACCAGAACCUAGUGUAUCUUUCUCAGGAUUUGGCUAUGACAUCAUUGGCUUUAUACAGUUUUCACUUGCCUUUUGUAGCUUCUUUGGAAAUGGUAUGGCCGUUCUGAUAUUCUUAAAGCAUAAGCAGCUACGGUCUCCGACCAACACUUUCAUCAUGAACUUAAUCUUCUGUGAUAUGUUGAUGGGGAUGGUGGCCUUUAUAUCAGCAUCUGCUGCCUUCAACCAUGGAUGGGUAUUCGGGCACAAUGUGUGUGUUUUUGAAGGAUUUAUGGUGUAUUUCCUUGGCCUGGCAUCAAUGUACCUCUUGGCAUCUAUUGCACUUGACAGAUAUGUUGUAAUAUCCAAACCACUGUCAGCCUCCAAGAUUACCCAGAACGUAGCCCUACUAUGUACUGGUGUCUGUUGGGUGCUUGGCUUCCUGUGGGCAAUAUUUCCCAUUUUGGGAUGGAAUGAAUAUACCGUUGAGGGUAUUGGGAUCUCAUGUAGUGUGAUCUGGCAGAGUGACGACCCAUUCUACUCCAGCUACAUCAUCACCAUCUUCUUUUCGUGCCUUGUAAUUCCCGUCUGUUUGAUGUCCUUCUCCUACUACCACGUAUACAUGGCUGUGCGAAACGUCUCGAGGAACAGUGUGUGGGACACCAAGAGCCGAGUCGCCAGGAAAAAACUAAAAGUAGAGAAGAAGAUGUUGAAGACGUGUGUAGCGAUGGUUUCUAUAUUUCUCCUGUCCUGGCUGCCCUACACCGUUGUGUCCUUCAUCUCAGCCUUCGGCGACCCUACCCUGAUCUCCCCGCUGAUGGCGACUAUACCCGCCCUGGUGGCCAAGUCGGCUGGCCUGUGGAACCCUCUGAUAUACGUGGCAACCAACAAGCAAUUCCGCUAUGGCUUCUACGCCAUCAUUCCAUGCAAAGGGAUCAAAGACUCGCUGGUGAAGAAGGAAGAAAAACAGCCAGAGUCCUCGGAGGAAUCGGAUCUGGAUGACGAAGACGACAAAAAGAAUACCAAAAAGGAAAAGAAAGACGAGAAGCCAGGGACAUCCGGGCGACCUAAAGGCAAUGCUGUAGCUCCGGCACCUGAGGAGGACUCCGGCAAUGAACCUACGGUAAUAGAGGAUGUUUCACACAUGGAUGAGGCGGACGUUGAACUCAAGGACAUCAAGAAGAAAUAGGUCACUAGACUAUGCGUAUUGAUUUAUCAUCUAGUGAGCGAGUAUACAUUCUAUGUCGGCAAUGGUUUUUCAUUUUGGCGUCAUUUACGAGGCCGAGGAUCAGAGAAGAAAGACAAGCUUUUCCCCUUAUUACGCAGAGACAAGUCUUAAAUUAACACAACUUACAACAUGUGGACUUAUUCUGGAAACAGGCACCAGACCUUGGUGUCCUACAGUACUCUGCUUACCUGCGAACAUCAUAACGUAUUUCUUUAAAGAUGUAUUUCAUCCUAUGUUGUCAAUUACACGUCACUGAUUACAGUGAUUACAAGCUACAGACGUUGCUGUAUAGAUAGGUAUGUAACAUGCAUUUACUAUAUAAAAGAGAUGAAACGCUUUCGAUAAUGACAGGAAAUCUGAGAUCACAGUCCAUUGUACGAUUCCGACCAUAUCAUAAGCGUGUGUUCAAAAAUCACUAUCAGAUAGUGAC